AUGGCAGGUGAGGACGUGGACUUUGCGAAGUUGUUCGCUACCAACAACUCCGAUGAUGAUGGCAUGUCUAACAUUGAUUUUCAAAGCGGUUUGAACUUCCUCAACAUGGACGACCAUUAUGACGCUCUUAAGGAGUCAAUUUUAUUUUCGUUCUAUUUCCAUGUUGAUUGGUGGGAGUGUGUUCUAACUCCAAUUUCAAUACCGAAAGGGGCUUUUGCAUUUUUCUUGGUGAAUGGUCCUGAUCCUGAAAAUUGUGCAUCAAAAAAUGCUCCACCUAAUGAGUCUGGCAUCCUUGAUACUUCUCAGAUUCACCAAGUGCCUCAAGUGUUAGAAGAACCUCAUUUCUCUGGGUUGGAUUUAGUCAAUUCGGGCACAAGGUGGUCUCCAUUCUGUUUAGAUGUAUCAGAUUCCUGGGCCGGAGGUUCCGAUUCUUUAUUUGAUUCUGCAGUAAAAUCUUUGCGUGACGACCGUAAACAUGAAAACCUGGGACCUCAAUCUCUGGCUUGCUCUUCACCGGGUGAUUUCUUCGGGGACGCGUUCUCUUUUGGUGAAGAUGAUGAGAUUUGCCCGAAAGAAAGGACCGGAGUUUCUAGCCGCGAGAUACCUGCUAAUGGUGUGGAAUCUAGUCCCCUUGAGGCACAUUCAUAUGGAGAUAACUUGAAUUUUGGUACAUGGAGAGGUGAAAAUGAGAGCCAACUCAAGCAUGUGGGAGAGAAUGCUGAAUCUGAAAAUGCUUCACUCAGCUCUAUCAUUCGGAAUGGUGAACUGAAUUUUGAAGGUUGUGUUAAAAACAUCAUUGGGGGGAAUUCUGGGAAUCAGGAAAAUGGCUCGUAUACCAAUUUUGAAAAUUCAGUCAUGGAUGCUGAUAGAUCUUUUCCUGUUGCAUCUUCAGCUAAUUCUACUGUUGGUCAAGAUUCCCGUGUUCCUGAUAAUUUUAUUGAUUGCCAGCUAUCUUCAAAUUGUUACCUGGGAACAUAUGGUAGACCCGUUGUUUCUGACUCAUCUAUUCGUAUAUUGCCCUCUCAACCAUGGACAAAUGAAGAAAUGAUGAGUAACAUGAAGGCUGAAAAUGGGAAGUUCAAUGCUGAUAUGGCAUCGACACAUAUGAGUCGUGGCAUGCACUCAAGCACUACUGGGGAUAUAUCUUAUCAAGAUGGUCAAAUUGUGUUAGCAGAUAGUGGUUAUCCAUCUUUUUCUUCUGGUAAUGUUAUCUUCAAUGGUGAGAUUUCAAUGCCGCUCUCAACCUACAUGUCAAGUAGAGACCAAUCAUUUUAUGUAAAAGCUGAAAGAAAACAACAGAUUACACCUUACCAAAAUAACUUUCACAAUGGUGCUGCUGAGUUAAAUGUAGGCCAAGAGGUGAAGCAAUUAACUAGUGUUUUUCCUUCAAUGGGGUAUCAGAGUAAUGAAUGUUUUAAGAAUGAGGACACUUAUGCAGUUCAAACAUCUGCAGUAUCCAAUAAUUAUCAGCAUAUCAUUGAUGGAACUAAUAGUAAUUUUGAAGGAAGCGUGGGGAAUUUGAAUUUAAAAGUUGUAGAUAGAUCAUUGCCCCAUGCUCGAGCUCCAAUUGCUAGUGAGAAUCAGUUUGCUCGUGUUAAGAGAAGAGACAAGGAAAUUAUUCAACAUAAACAUGUUGAUUCUGAAAAAGUCGGGAAUUCUCUUAAUAUAUCUCAAUCUUCUAAACAAGUUAAUUCCCAGCUCAAUAUGGUUGGAAGCAACAGACGGAAGGCAUGUGAUGAGAGAAAUAUAUUACAAGUUGCUUUGCAGGUUUUGUCUCAGCCAAAAUCAGAAGUUAGCUUACCAGAUGGGUUGUUGGCAGUUCCUCUGUUAAGACAUCAGAGAAUUGCUUUAUCAUGGAUGGUUCAGAAGGAAACAUCAUGUUCAUAUUGCUCAGGAGGAAUUCUUGCAGAUGAUCAGGGACUUGGAAAAACGGUGACAACUAUUGCAUUAAUAUUAAAGCAAAGACCUCCAGCACUUACUGUGUGCCCUAAUGUCCAAAAAGGUGAAUUAGAAGCUUCCAAUCUGAGCAUGAAUUUGUUGGAACAAGAAAAGGGAGGGCCAUCUGCUGGGACCCUUAUUGUUUGUCCCACUUCUGUCCUGCGCCAAUGGGCCGAGGAGUUGCAAAAUAAAGUAACCAGCCAAGCAAAUCUCUCAGUGCUAGUGUACCAUGGACGUAAUCGAACAAAAGAUCCUUAUGAGGUGGCUAAGUAUGAUGUUGUCCUGACAACUUAUGCCAUUGUCAGCUUGGAGGUCCCUAAGCAGCCUAUAGUUAACAAAGAUGGUGAAGAAAAAGGAAUUUUUGAAGAUUAUGCUCUACCAAGUAGGAAAAGGAAAUACCCUUCUAAUUCAGAUAUGAGUGGCAAGAAGGAAUUGGAUAGCACAAUGCUUGAGGCUGUUUCCCAGCCUCUUGCAAAGGUGGCAUGGUUUAGGGUUGUUCUGGAUGAGGCCCAGAGUAUAAAGAAUCGCAAAACUCAAUUUGCAAGUGCAUGUUCGGAUCUUCAUGCUAAGCGUAGAUGGUGUUUAUCAGGAACUCCCAUCCAGAAUUCAAUUGAUGAUCUCUAUAGUUACUUCAAAUUUCUAAGAUAUUCUCCUUAUGAUGUCUAUCCAUCAUUUUGUGCUACAAUUAAGAUCCCAAUUAGCAGAAGUCCAACAACAGGGUAUAGAAAGCUACAAGCUGUCUUGAAUACAAUUAUGUUACGUCGGACUAAAGGCACACUUCUGGAUGGGGAACCUAUUAUUUCCUUGCCGCCUAAAUUUGUAAAGCUGGAAAAAGUUGAUUUUUCAAGGGAGGAACAUGGUUUUUAUUUAAAACUAGAGGCUGAUUCACGUGCACAGUUUAAGAAAUAUGCUGAUGCUGGAACUGUCCUGCAAAAUUAUAGCAACAUUUUGCAGAUGCUUCUGCACCUUAGACAAGCUUGUGAUCACCCUCUGCUUGUCAAGCCAUACAAUUCUAGUUCUCUAUGGAGAUCUUCAGUUGAGAUGGCAGAGAAUCUUCCCCAGGAAAAACAAAUAUCUCUUUCGAAAUGUUUAGAGGCUUCCUUGGCUCUCUGCGUCAUUUGUAAUGAUCCUCCUGAAGAUGCUGUUGUUUCAGUUUGCGGUCAUGUUUUCUGUAACCAGUGCAUCUAUGACCGUCUUAGCGGCAAUGACAAGCAGUGCCCUGCUACAAAUUGCAAAGGUCGACUGAACACAGCUUCAGUGUUUUCUAACGCCACACUGAGCAAUUGUUUUUCCAACCAGGAUUGUGAUAAUUCACCUUGUUGCUCUGGUUGUGAAGUGGAAGAAUCUGAACCAUGGUCUCGAAGCCAAUCAUAUGAAUCUUCAAAAAUGAAGGCUGCGCUGAAAGUUUUGAAAUCAAGUACUGUUGAAGGGGAGAAAGCGAUAGUCUUCACUCAGUGGACGAGUAUGCUGGAUUUACUAGGAGUGUCUCUUAAGAAUUCUUCCAUUCAGUAUAGAAGGCUUGAUGGAAAUAUGUCAGUUGCUGCAAGAGACAAGGCCAUUAAAGAUUUUAACGUCCUUCCUGAGGUUUCAGUUAUGAUUAUGUGUUUGAAGGCUGCCAGUCUUGGCCUAAACUUGAUUGUAGCCUCUCAUGUUCUUAUGCUAGAUUUAUGGUGGAAUCCUACAACUGAAGAUCAAGCAAUAGAUAGAGCACAUCGAAUUGGGCAGACUCGUCCUGUCACUGUUGUGCGAUUAACUGUGAGAGAUACAGUUGAAGAUCGUAUUCUUGCACUGCAGGAAAAGAAACGAAAGGUGGUUGCACAUGCAUUUGGGGAGAAUGAUACUGGUGGUCGUCAGAGUCAACUUACUGUGGAUGAAUUGAAAUGUUUGUUCAAGAUAUGAUUUGAGAGAGCAGUAGAACAGAAUAUAGCAGCAAAGAAGAUUUUAUGUAUCUGGGACAUUCUUAAGCAAUUUUGGAGGUUGUUUUCUCUGGAGAUUGAAGAAGAUGGAGUCCUAGUGCGCUUUGAAGCUUUGAAGACUUUUUCAUCUUGAAUUUGUCUUUGGAUUAUGGAAGCCAUGCUAGGCUAAAACUCUUAAGUAUUUGGGGUUGAUUGAUUUAUCUUACUUUAUGUUUUGAAUUUCCUUUGUACUCAUGGAGUAGUAGUUAUAUCUAUGAAUUUCUCAUCCUUCAUAAUUGAACCCAAACGACAUAUUAUUUUGCUAUUUUGUAUAUGAUUAGGAGAUCAAUAGGAAAUAUGGAACUGGUGAGAAGAAAUUGAUUGGGAAC